CGAUAGAGAGUCUAUCGUGGUGGUGGAGUAGUGAGACGGGACCCGCAAAGAGCAGCUCGGUGAAGCUCCGCGAUUUUUGUUGUUUCGUGUCCUGCGACCAGAGACCGACAAAGCGGGAACGAGCGGAGACGCGCGGCGGGUCUUCUUUUCGUCUUUCGGGGUGCGACAGAAAGCUGAGACAACCGUCCACUCUGGAUCUCUUCAUCCGCUUCCUGUCGUCCAGGAUGAGGUUUAAAAGGAACGGGUCCUACACGCUGAACAGGAAGUCAAAGACGAAGCCAAAUGGAAAGAAGCCCCCGCCUGAAGAGAAGAAGCAGUACCUGGAACUCGAGUACACAAAAAUCCGUGUGGUGGAUUUUGACCUCAAGGAGCUGGUGGUGCUGCCCAGAGAGAUAGACCUCAACGAAUGGCUGGCCAGCAACACGACAACAUUCUUCAAUCUUAUCAACCUGCAGUACAGCACUAUCUCAGAGUUCUGCACCGGGGACACCUGUCAAGCCAUGAAUGCCUGCAACACAAUAUACUACUGGUAUGACGAGAGGGGGAAGAAGACAAAGUGCACUGCUCCACAGUACGUCGACUUUGUGAUGAGUCUUUGUCAGAAACUGGUCACAGACGAGGAAAUCUUCCCUACUAAAUAUGGCAAAGAGUUCCCCAACUCCUUUGAGUCCUUGGUGAAGAAGAUCUGCCGGUACCUGUUCCACGUGCUGGCUCACCUCUACUGGGCGCACUUUAAAGAGACCGUGGCUCUGGAGCUGCAGGGCCACCUGAACACUCUGUACGCACAUUUCAUCGUUUUCGUAAGGGAAUUCAACCUGGUCGACCCCAAGGAGACCUGCAUCAUGGACGACCUGUCCGAGGUCCUCUGCACCCCCGCCCCGCCACCCGCACCCGCCCCGGCCCCCUCCGCCCCGGCCUCGGCGCCCUCCCCUUCUUCACAAAACCACGUGACGGAGAGAUGAGCGGGGGGGGGGUGAGAACAGCAGCCCCGGGGGUGAAGAUAAGAUGGAGGCGAGAAGCAAAGACAGCCUGCCCCACCCCCCUCUUUGGUGCCAGCAGGACUUAAAGACCUUCCACUACCCUUAUAUUUCGCUAUGACACCAAUCAACCAGCCGGAAGGAUGGGGGUGGGGGGGGCUUUUGAGGGUUUGGGGUAGCAGGGAGGGGUUUGUCACGCCAGCAGGAAUUGGCGUGAGCAUUCCUCCCAGAGGCAAAUCCCUCCCACCUCCUCUGCAAUUUAAAAGUAUGUGUAUGUUUGUUUUUCUUUUUUUGGUUUUAUUUCACCUUUUCUUUUUUUCUUUUAAGUUUAAUUCAGUUUUCAUUUUUUGCUGAGGGGGGAGGGGGUGCAGUGUGGCCCCUUAGUCUCCUUCUGUCCUCUACCUAACAUACAGUACAGGGAGGGGUUUCUGCUUUGCUUCAACCUGCUAUUGUACAGUGUUGUUAAUGUGAGGAGAAGAGAUGUUCUCCUCACCGGCAGGCUUGUCCUUCCCUCCUCCUCCUCCUGCUUGGGGGAGGGGGGGCACGGCCACCACGCUGGCCAGUAGGGAGCCACGUUACUGCCUGACGGGGCGAUACUAGCCAAUCACUGUUUGGGUUGUUUAUGUGGGGGAUGAUUUGAAGCGCUUCCUACUCAGGGCCUAAGAGAAUAUGUCACUGCUGCCAGAGAGGAGUUAGUCUCUCUUUUCUUUUGUUUUGAUUCUCUCGUUCACAGACUGCUUAUCCCUUUUUACGGCCGACGUCUGCCGCGUUUAACUACACUAUAGUCACAUAACCACAUGGCGAAGUCCCAGCGGCCACCUGUAGAGGGCAGCGAACAUGAAGAGAGGCUAACCCGCAACAGGGAGAUGGAGAGAGAAAUAUAAAAGAUUGUAUGAUGGAUAUUUAAAUUGGAUCCGAGUCGAGACGGACUGGUGCCAAUAUGACUCCGAGUCGUGUGCCGGUGCUCUGCACAGCAGCAGCCACUUGAACCGCCACCACUUCACCCACUUCAGCAGCACAGAAGGACAAAGACAUGAGGUAAUGUCUGCAGGCCCAGAGAGGCGCACACGGAGGGAGUUACGGGUGGGAGGAGAUGAUGUGGAGCUGCUCUGCUGUUUAACAGCCAGUGCUUAAGUCAAGUUCUCCACUCCUGGUUUAUUAUUUUUACCCGACCCAUUUAAAAUUAGAUUAAAAAAAAAAAAAAAAUUAUCAGAGGAAAAUUAGUUCAGAAAUAAUAACAAUAAUGGUAUCAUUACACAUGUAUAGAAAAUGCACAGUCUGCUUGGACUUUACUGUACAAAGAAUCACAAGUGGGUUCUCUCAGACAUAGCCUUUGUAUCGAGGAGGAUUGGGUUCAUUAUUCUCCUUUUUUAUUUAUUUUUGUUUUUUUUGCAGGGUUCUUCAGUUCUGGCUCUCAUUUUUAUGUAUUUUAAUUAUUAACUAAGUUAAAAGCAAUUUAAUAUUUUAAGCUCUGCAGAUUAUAAUCUAAUAAAAAGAGAGAAAUGCCA